AGUUGAUAGUUUCGUACAUUCUGUCGUCACGUUGUGAUUUAAAAAUGGCGAAGAGGAAGGCGUCGCGAGUCGAAGCUGCGAAGAAGAAGUCGAAGCCCGAGGAGAAAGUCGAGGUUUUACCUUCUGUUAUACAAUCUGAUGAUCCACCAGCCAAAAAGACUAAAUGGAUAAACAAACAGAGGGUAUUGGUGCUUGCCACCCGAGGGAUUAUGGCCCAGGCUCGUCACUUAAUGAAUGACAUGAAGAGAUUAAUGCCUCACUGUAAACGAGAACCGAAAAUGAAUUGCAAAGAUGAUAUUCCUGCAGUGAAUCAGGUGUGUGAAAUGAGGAAUUGUAAUAAGUGUAUACUUUUUGAAUCCAGGAAAAAGAAAGAUUUAUACAUGUGGAUAUCAAACGUCCCAAAUGGACCGUCUGCUAAGUUUCAUGUACAAAAUGUUCACACUAUGUGUGAAUUGAAAUUAACAGGGAACUGUUUGAAGGGUUCAAGACCCAUGCUGAUAUUUGAUCAAACAUUUGAUUCUGAACCACACUGGAAAAUCCUUAAAGAAUUGUUUACACAAGUUUUUGGGACACCAAAUCAACACCCAAAGAGUCAACCUUUCAUCGAUCACAUUUUCUCUUUUUCAAUCCUUGACAAUCAUAUUUGGUUUAGAAAUUAUUCUAUCACAGAUGAACUGGGUACACUUGUAGAAAUUGGUCCACGAUUUGUGCUUAAUCUUGUCCGAAUAUUUGAAGGAAGUUUCUGCAAAUCCUGCUUGUAUAUAAAUCCUCAUUAUAAAUCUCCAAACGAAUAUCGACGUUUGCUCCACAAACAGAGUGCUCUUAAGUAUAUGGGGAAGGUGGGAGCCAAACUCGGCCGGGACAUGCGGAAGCUGGACAAAUCCUAUGACCUUGAUGCAACUAAUGAAGUUUUUAAUACUGCAAAAGAAAGGGAUUCAACGAAGGAGGAUCUUGACUCUGUAAAAAUAUGAGGCGAAUAAAGCUGGAUUCUAUUUUGUUUCUGAUA